GUUGGUCGCACUUGAUUGUCGCAUCAAAAGCACGUAAACACUAUAUGAGUUUCUCCAUCUACAACUUGGAUGAAGAGAUCAAGGAGUUACUCAACCUUGAUGACUUCCUUGGUGGCUUCACCGUCAAUGAGUUUGUUGAGGAGUUGAGUAAAGACCAUUUUUUAAAGGGGGCAGAGGUUAAUAACCUCGAGUACUUGGAUCCCAAACCAUACAUCAGAACCUUUGAAUCCACUUUACGUGAAUUAAAACUGUUAUCAGUGGAGGCAGACUCACAAAAGGACCAGUUAGACAAACAGGUGAAUGAGUAUGAGUUGAAACACAGCCAGAAUGUGCUUGAGCUAAGUGAUAGAAUCGAAAGUAUCACCAAUCAGUUUGGUAACUUGGACGUGAGAAUAAGUGAUGUAUCCGGUCAAAUCGACCCAUUGAACACUUCCUUGAACAAAAUCACAAACUCCAGGGAUAUGUCGAUCGAAACCAUCUUUCUUAUCCGCACUUACCAUGGUUUUUUCACCAAACUGAAGUAUGAUCCAUUGGAAAAUUUGAGAGUUAGCAAAGUGUAUGACGAUAGACUAAAAUGUGCAAAGACGGUAAACAACUUGAUGACAUUGGCAAAGAAAAUCGAGUCUGCAGACAUUCCGCAGACCACCCAAUGUGUACAAGCGAUCCAAAAGUUCAGUGAAACUAUGGAAAGAACCUUGUUAAAUAAGUUUGAGGUAGCUCUUGAUAACGAUGAAUUCGAAGUAAUGAAGGAAAUUUCGUCCAUUCUUAACGAAUAUAAUGGAGGGACUAAUGUCAUCCAAACCUUUGUGAACAAGAAUGACUUCUUGGAGGAGAUGAACGACGAUAACAAUGGGGCUGGGUCUAUCUUGGAUGACGAGGCCGUGUGGUUCAACUUGUCCAAUCCUGACUACCUUGAGUCGGUGGUGGAUGAAAACCUAGAAGAUUUGUUGAACCACCUCAAAGUCACUAUCAAGGGCCAGGCAAGAAUCGUGAGCCAGGUAUUUGAGAAUUCAACCCCAGUAUUGAAGAUCUUCAUUCAGAGAAUAUAUGCCCAGUCGAUCCAAACUAAGGUCAACUCAUAUCUUCAGUAUUCCAUCUCCGUGAGUUCAUUGGCACAUGUCAGAGUUCUCCAAUACUUGUCUCAAGUGGUGAACGAGUUUACAAAAGACUUGAAGGAUUUCUUCAUCACCAAUGAUUUCGAUAAUGAUAACGAGUUAUCCUCGAUAUUGGACCAAUGUUUCUAUGAUUUGUUCAUUGAAUACACCUCCGACAAUGUUUAUUUCAACCGAGAGAAGAAGAGCUUAGAAGAUUUGAUCUACGAUGUGGUAUCGAAGUUCACCUCCUAUAAUGAAAGGGCUUUGAAUGCCAAUCAAUUAUCCACCACUCUCGAUAACUUGAACAAUCUCGAUUAUAACAAUGAUUCUACCGCCUCGUCUGACAAGGCAUUCGGUAUAAUUGAACGAAAGAGAUUAAAUAAGUUCAAAGAUUUCAUGAAGUCUCGAUUAUCAGAAGUCAAUGUCAGAAACAGAAACUCAAUAGACCCAGAAGACUCCGAAGAGCGAAAACAGUAUAGUUCUUUGAACUUGGCACUUGCAGAAACCAUCAUAAAAUCCAUAAUUGAGUCUGUCGCCAGAGUUUUGGAAUUAGAGCCAAAUCGGUCUCCUGAAUACGCAUUGGAAUUGUUGGAAAUACUUUUAUUCGACUUUGGAAAGUUGUAUAUCCAAGGAAGCUUGGAAGUCAUCUAUGAUGCUUUGAAGCUGGAGAGCAACUACACAAAAGUAAGCUCAAAUAAUGCCAUUGAUUUCAGCUACUUACAGUCGUUCACAUUGUUGACGGAUAUCUUGUUUCUUCUUUCCAGCUGCAUUAGAAGAGUCAUCAUUCCAUGUUCCGCAAACAAUCCGAACAUCAGAAACAGGAUGAUAAAUCUCACUAACAGCUAUAUCAAGCGUUGUGAAGUAGCCAUAAACGUGAUUUUAAAGGAGACCAUGGACUUGAUAUCUGAAAAAUUGGCAUACUUUUUGUCUAAGCAGAAACGGAAAGACUUUUUGGCUGAUAAUAUCACCGAAUAUGACACAGAAGCCUGUGAAUUUGUAUCGGACUUCAUGACAAAAACCCAUGAGAGCUUGACAGUUUCUUUGCAUGAUCUGAAUCUUUUGAAUGUCUUGACUAAAGUGGGAAUGAAGUUCUUAAGCCUAUUACUUGAGCACUUCAAAAAGUUCACCGUCAAUUCCACCGGUGGUAUCAUCUUAACUAGAGAUGUCAUUCGAUACCAAGCAGUCAUUGAAAGCUGGGAAAUCCCCGAAUUGUCUGAAAACUUCCAAAUAUUGAAAGAAAUCGGUAAUAUUUUCACCGUGCAUCCUAACUUGAUCAACUCAUUGGUCACAGAAGGCCAACUAGCCAGUCUAAAGCCUUCAACCAUCAGACAAUAUGUCGCCAAAAGAACCGACUUCAAUCCAAGCUACCUCGAACGAUUCUUCAGUUUCAGAUAAAACACCUCUAUUGUAUAUUAUCUCUAGUUUCCUAUACAUACGAGUAGUGGAGUCCAAUCACCAAAUACACAUAAAAGAUCGUGAAGCAAAUUGUAAUGCCUAGCUUUUUAUAGUCCUUGGACCCCAGGUUCACUUUGUCUUUAACUCUCGAGUUGUAUAUAGAUACAGGGUCUUUUGAAAAACGUGAUAAUGCCUUGUGGAUGGUGUUUGGGUAAAGCGCAUUGACCCCCAAUACGAUGAUGCUUAUACUAAACCAAAUCACAUAAAGGGUGAUACCAGCCAAUGGGCUUGGUAAGUAGCACAUCUCCGUCAGGUAUGUUGGCAAAGCCGCAAGACUUUGGCCUUCUGCAUCAACAGGAUUGUGGAGAGAUAAUAGCUGUAAUGCAGGGUGCUUGAUUCCAGCACUCAUGGCCACCGACUUGACAGUGAUUUCUUUAGCAGACAAACCAUGGCUAAGUUGGUGUGAAAUCUCACAGUAGUCAUGGUCAUCACCACCAAACACAAGACAAGGAUUGAUGGUAUCAAGAAUUUCAGAUGUAAGAUCAUGUUCAACCACUGUUUGGUACUGUUUUCCCUUCUUGACCGGAAAUGGGUUGGGGGAUUCCCUCUUAGGACCACAAGUUUGCUGCUGGUUAUCUCUAUAGAGCGGUACAUGGGUCAACAAGAUCUUUGGAAUGUUCUUUUCCAUCGUGGCAGGAAGCAGCUGCAAAAACUCGUGUGGUGGCCGGUUUAUAUCUUUUGACUCAGAAGAUAACGAGAUCACAUCCAACAACACCACCGUAUGAUUCCCCAAUGUCACAACAUCAUUGGGAGGCCCGAAGAACCUUUCAAACCGCUUCUGCCUAAGAGGGUCGAUGGUCUGAAAGCCAAUGUCGUGGUUUCCGGGAAGUGAUUUAAUUGUAAUUCUGUGAGGCUGAGCAGGAAAGAUGUUUGUGAACCGUUCAUACUCUUCGAACCACAAUUGGUCAUUCCAGUCCCUGCCACCAUCGAACAAGUCUCCAAGAAAUAUGGUGCUGUCAGGAUCAAGAAGACGUUGUAAAAACCGGUGGUUUCGACGAAGGUAAUUAUCACAUAUUUUCUUCACAAAGUAGUUCAAUAGAUCGGGUCUAUCAGGAUACGAAUUGUCGUCCACCAACUGGGGAUCCGCCACUAAUGCCACUCUGUGUGGUACUAUCCCCGUCUUCUUGUCCCAAUUCUCCCAGUUCUUCCACUGGCACUUGUUGAUAACGUAUCUAACGUGUGUCCUUUCUACCAAGUGCACCAAAAUAACCCAUGAUCCCAUGAUAAGACCGAUAACUUUCGCAUCCUGCAAGCUUAAAAGCUGCUUCCAACUGGCUCUUGGCUUAAAUACAAACCGCCCAACUCUGUUGUCGCUUCCCGGAGCGGUAUGGUAAAGUGGAAUCUCUGAUCCGGCUUUCUCUUUCCCUCUGUAACUCAUCAAGUUUGCAUC